CAUAGAAAUGGAACAAGAUCGUUAACACAAACAGAGCUGAUUGUCAUAACCCAAGGGACCUCGCGUUAGAGCUGCAGCGAUUUUACAGAAGGCGCAUUUAACUGCUUAAACUACAGAAACCCGUUACAGCAUACGGUGUCGUCCUCUCUGGUAGUCUGCUUCAAUCGUCUUCUUCAAUCUCAAAAGCCUUUGCCGUAGAACCCUAAGUAUGAAAAUUAUUCAACCACAGGGGGCCUGAAGAAGAGAUAUUGCGAUUAUUUCUGCGUACAAAGUACAUCUUUCGGAUUUUUACCCGUUAAUAUAAGCAUAGGAAAUGUACACGCAUCUUUAAAGAAAAUAUUCGAAUUAAAUAUAUUUAGGAAACAUGGCAUUUGGUGGGUUUGGCAAGAACUCAGGUCCAAGUACACCGCCCGGAGCUCAGAACCCUUUUGCCAAUUUUCCUCGCGCUCCUUCUCCUUCUCCUCCCCGGCCAUCACCCAGAAGCAAUGAACCUCCUUUGAGAUGGGGUGAGAUAAGAUCGUCAUCCUUUAAAGAUUCUGGUACCCAGACUUAUCAAAGGCCUCCUAUGAUUCUGCCACUGGUUGCUUCAAGUAAUUCAAGAACUGGAGCGCCUGAAAAACCUGCAGGAGUUCAACAUUCUAGAAUAACCAACUCACUUUAUUCUCAAUCUCCAGAUGAAAUUCCCAAGAACUCCAGGAGUGUUAUAGAAAGUCCUAUAGAUUUACCCAAGAGCUACGUGGCUCCUUACCGAGCGCGAUCGCCUCCCCUGGUUCUUCAGAGCAAUGGGUAUGUUGGUGGCAAGCAAUUUCAGAAUACAGAAAUUCACCAGCGCCCUUUCUCUUCCCAAGUGUGGAGUAAUCAAUCGAAUCCAUCCAGCCAUUAUACCAAUCGACCAGCCAAAGAAGGAAUUUCUUCAGUCUCGCAAUCAGGAGGCACUUAUCAAUCUGGACCAAUGUUUCAGACCAAGCAUGCAGAUGUUCCACUUCCUAAACGAACAAGGUCUCCAACACUUUCCCCUACCAGUGGGUUUUCCCCAGAAAAUGCCGUUUUCCAUUCAGAUGGUCACAAAAGAUCUGUAAUUGACUAUAGGGACCUUGAUGCUCCUGAGGAAAUGCCUUCACCGCCUUUGGCUUUUGAAAGCAGCUUCUCUGGCAGGGAUUCUUCCCAUCCAUUUGCAGGAAACCAAAAGCUUUUGCCUUCCUCCACCAUGUGGGUUAAUCAGUCAAAAUCCUCUAGCAAUAAUACCACCCGUCCAGUUGAAGAAGAUAUGCCCUCGGUUUUGACAAAAGGGGGUGCUUACCAAUCUGGAAGAACACCUCACACCAAGAAUGCAGAUUCUCCUCUUCCAAAACGUACAAGGUCUCCAACCCUUCCAUCUAGCAGUGAAGGUUUCAAGCAGAAUUCUGUUAGUGAUUCAGAUGGUCUCAGAAGAACUUCUGAUUUUCAAAGUCAUAGACAGUCAUCGAGAUCUGGACAGACCAACAGUGAUGAAGUUGUCACGGACAAGCCUGUUCACUUUCCAGCUGUCAAAAGAACUAAGAUACCUGUACCAUCUUCAUCUGAUCAAGUUUUUCAAGAGAAUUUGGAUUCUGCACAAGAGAUUGAGCGAGAAAUACAAGCUAAAGCAAAGCGCUUGGCCCGUUUUAAGGAUGAACUAAGCCAACCUGUGCAAAGCCAUUCUACUAUGAAAAACCAAAGGUCUCCAGCCAAAAGACAGCAUCAGUCUGCAUUGGAGAAAGAAAAGUUGUCUGAGGAUUCAACAAUGGAUGCCAUGGGGGACGCUGUUGGUGCCAACGGUUUCUCAGAUUAUGAAGGCAGGGCAUCAUCCAGUAGUAUAGUUGGAUUAUGUCCAGAUAUGUGUCCAGAGUCUGAGAGAGCUGAACGGGAAAGAAAAGGAGAUCUCGAUCAAUAUGAACGCUUGGAUGGGGAUAGAAAUCUAACCAGCGAAUUUCUUGCUGUUAAAAAGUAUAAUAGGACUGCAGAGAGGGAAGCAGAGCUUAUACGUCCAAUGCCAGUAUUGCAGAAGACAAUGGACUAUCUUCUUAAUUUGCUGGAUGAGCCUUAUAAUGAUAGAUUUCUUGGAUUGUAUAACUUCUUGUGGGAUAGAAUGCGGGCCAUCCGUAUGGAUUUGAGGAUGCAACAUAUUUUCAAUCUGGAAGCCAUCACCAUGCUGGAGCAAAUGAUUAGACUACACAUAAUAGCCAUGCACGAGUUAUGUGAAUACACCAAAGGAGAGGGAUUUUCCGAGGGAUUUGAUGCACAUCUUAAUAUUGAGCAGAUGAACAAAACUUCCGUCGAACUAUUUCAGUUAUAUGAUGAUCACAGAAAAAAAGGAAUAACUGUGCCAUCUGAAAGAGAAUUUAGAGGUUAUUAUGCACUCCUCAAGCUGGACAAGCAUCCGGGAUAUAAAGUUGAACCUGCAGAGCUGUCGCUUGAUUUGGCUAAGAUGACCCCAGAAAUGAGACAAACUCCAGAAGUGUUAUUCGCGCGUGAUGUAGCCAGAGCCUGCAGAACAGGCAAUUUUAUUGCCUUCUUUAGGCUUGCCCACAAAGCUAGCUAUCUUCAAGCAUGUCUUAUGCACGCUCAUUUCUCUAAGUUACGCACACAGGCCCUUGCUUCGUUGCACAGCGGUCUGCAGAUUAACCAGGGAAUUCCCGUUACCCAUGUUGCUAAGUGGCUUGGGAUGAAGGAAGAGGACAUAGGAAACCUUCUGGAAUACUAUGGGUUCUCAGUGAAGGACUUUGAAGAACCUUACAUGGUGAAGGACAAUGCAUUUAUCAAUGUUGAUAAUGACUUUCCUGUCAAGCGUUCUAAACUUGUUCAUAGGAAAAGGUCAAGUAUGAUAGUGAACGAUGUUUCAUUUCCUUCACUUACUGAACUUUCUGCUGCUGAGGAAGUAAAAGAAUUCCAAACAAGGAAGGGUUCGGAGCCAGUGUCUACUCCUUCGCAGCCCGUUGUGCCUGUAGGUACUUUCCAGUUCCAUGAUGAGGAAAUGCAUGAAUUGGGUACCAUAUUGUCCCCAAAAGGCAGCAUGCAAAAGCACAUGCAGAAAAAAUCUAUUGACCCAAUGACACCGGAUGAAAAAAUGGAUGUACAUGACAUUAAUGUGGCUUCAGCUAGUCCUUUGGUAUUGGAUUUCACCAAUAGCGCCUAUAAUCGCCAACAAAUCCGGGUCGAGUCUCCACAGAAACCAAAAUAUGAUCCUGGUUUUAGGAACUCUUUUGGUAGAUCAAUCAAGCAUGACUCGGAAGCAACAGCACCAAUCACAUUUGAAACUGCUGAGGAACAGAGAUAUCCUGUUCUGCCUCUUGAUUCCAUUGUUCAUACUCCCGUACCACAUUCUAUGUUCACAGAAGACUUAGAAAAUGAAGAACUUACAGGUUUCUUGGAAGAAGAUAAAUCUGAUGAAGCAACAGAAAGUUACUAUGCAAGAGAAGUUGCUGAAGCCAAACUUAAGCUGAUAUUAAGGAUAUGGAAGCGGCGUGCAGCAAAGAAGAGGGAAUUGCGUGAGCACAAACAGUUAGCAUCAAAUGCUGCAUUCAGUUCGCUGUCACUCGGCCCACCGAUUUGGCAGUGUGAAGUUCAAGCAGGCAGUUAUGGCACGUUCGACAUUGAUCAUGUCAUGAGUGAGAGAAAUGAAAUUCAAGAAAGAUCAUGGUCCGUGCUGAAUCCUUCAGAUGUGGUUGCUGCUAAACUUGCUGAAAAAAAUUCAGAUGCCAAAUGCCUUUGCUGGAAGAUGAUGUUAUGGUCGCAGGAGGAGGCUAUCCAUGGAGACAGUAGAGAGUUGCAGACUGAAGCUUCUAUGUCCGCUGCAGGUUCAUGGUUGCAUUCUAAGCUUAUGCCUGCCAGCAAUGAUGGCGAUAGGAAUCUGCUUGUAUCAUCUCGGGGCCUUGCAAUUUGGAGAAGUUGGAUUCCUGGCCAAUCUGGCGCUGACCUGACCUGUUGUUUAACAGUUAUCAAGAGCUCAACAAAUGAGGAUCUGGAUAAGGCAAUGAUAGGAGUAAGUGCAGUUCUGUUUCUUUUAUCAGAACAUAUUCCCCUAGAGCUUCAGAGGAAAUGGCUGCAUGACCUUGUUAUGUUGCUACCUUCUGGUUCUUGCUUGCCUCUUCUUAUCUUGAGUGGGUCUGGCAAGGAUGAGUCUCUUCCCUCUACCAUAGCUAAAGGUUUAGGGCUCCAUGACAUUGACGAAUCGAGGGUGUCUACGUUUUACAUUACUUUUCUUAAAGACAAGGAUACAGAAGAGUUGGAUGGUUUUUUCAGUGAUGAACAUCUAAGAGAAGGAUUAGAAUGGCUGGCUAGUGAAUCACCACCACAGGUUGUUGUUAGCAAAACAAAGACACGUGAAUUGGUCCUGUCCCACUUAAAUUCUAUGCUGGACGUCCGCAAUGAGAUAAAUACUCACAGACUUGGUCCUAACAACUGCAUUUCAGCUUUUAAUGAAGCUUUGGGUCGAUCCAUGGAGGAAGUGGCUGCUGCAGCCCAUGCAAAUCCCACAGGUUGGCCUUGUCCUGAAAUUGACCUUCUCGAGGAGUCAAGUGAUGAGUACCGAGCCACAACUUGGGACUUGCCAAGCGUAGGAUGGAGCGCAGCUUCGAGAACUGAAGUUUUGAUGUCUGCAAUGAGUGAUUCAAAACUCCCUACUUUGGAGGAUGACUUAUCUUGGUUAUCUGGAGGUCUGAAUAUCAGUGAUGAUAUUGAGAACCAGAAAUCACGCCUUGAAAGUUGCUUAAUCAACUAUUUAACAGAGGCUAGUCAGAUGAUGGGAAUAACCUUAGCCCAGAAAGAGGCCAGUAUAAUGCUUCAAAACUGUACCCGGCUUCAACUCCAUAAUAUGACUUACUACAUCAUGCCAAAUUGGGUUUCAAUUUUUCGAAGGAUAUUCAGUUGGCGAUUAAUGAAUUUAACUAUUGGGGAGGUCUCCUCCACGUAUGUCUUGGCGCAGCAGCAUUACUCACCUGCCCCAAGUUCUGAAGUACUGGAUAACUUGGAAGUGGAGGUUACUACAUUUUUGCCUCCUUACAUUGUCCAUCCGUCAUUUGAUGAAUUGGUUGAAGUUGGCUAUCACCGUGGGGAGUUCAGUCCAAAUCAUACGGAACAUGAAGCAUUUCAACCAUACUCACCUAUGGCUCCUGAUGAUGCUGACGUUGCAACAUCUAAUGGCAAUGUCAUCUUGAUGGCGAAUCAAGAGCAGAGUUUCCAAGAUAGCAUAUUGCCUAGUAAUGACCAUUGGCCAGCUGAAGAAAAUGAUGACGUAGGUCAGCUGAUGCACGCCGCUAAAGCUACUGCUACUAAACAAGCUGACACAUUAAGCAAAUUGUUGGAGAAGUGUAAUAUUAUGCAGAACCAGAUUGACAAGAAGUUAUCAAUCUACUUUUGAUAUAGUGUUUCUUCAUGUCAAAUUUUGUAGCAUAUCUGAAAUAAUACCAACAAUUAAACAACCAGAUACAUGUACUUUAUGCAGGGAAGAGUUUGUGCAUUUCCAGACACCAACAGCUUUAGAUGUUUGCUCCCUUACAGUUUCAUCCCAUUUCGCACUCUAUUUCUACAUUGUAAACAGGUUCUUUUUGGGAUCC